AUGUCCCUCCCUCACGAACUGCUCGUCCGGGUCAUCCACCUCGCCACCCCUCCGCCUGGACCGUCGACGAAGGACGAGCGCAAGCGGCGCCCCGCGCCGCACUUCUUCGUCAACACGUUCAGCGCAGGAUGGUCUCAGAGCGACGAUGUCGCGUUCGAGCGCAUCAUGCAUGCGAAGCGGCGUGCGGACGAGCGAACCAAGUCGGUCAGGACGCUGACGAUUUUCGGCGACAAGCACUUACCGGCCAAGAGCGCGAGGACGCUGCUGUCCAUCUUUGAGAGGGCGACGGAGAUGUCGUUGAUGCAGAUGCGCAAGCCGGACGAGCUGCUCAAGGGAUCGCCAUACGUCCACACUCUCCGUUUGAUCGAGGUCCAGCGCGCGAACUUUGGCGGCUGCUACAGCGCCCUCACCCGCCUCGUCCUCGACCACUGCUGCGCCGAGUACCUCCCGCUCACCCUCACCGCCGAAAACUUCCCAGUCCUCGACACGCUCAUUCUCGACCUCAAGCGCGUCCGCCAUCGCGAACAGCCCGUCCGGGACUGGCAAGACGGUACUCGUCCGCCCCAGGUCCGCGCGCUGUGCUUGACGGGACAAGCGUUCGGCUGGUUCUCCGCCUUCUUCGCCAACUCCCGUCUCGAGCACCUCCACAUGGGCGGAAGUUCGAUUGAGCACGGUUACUUGUCGCUGCUGGCGUUCCUCACCAAGCCACUCGUCAGCUUCUCCGCCGACUGGAAUCCCGAACUCCUCUUCACUACCGCGGGCAUCCCGCUGGACGCCGCCGCCUGCGCCGGCCUGCCCGCCUUCAAGCGCCUCGUCGACUUGCGCCUCUACCAGCACGAGGCCGAGCCGCACCGCGAGGACUGGUUCGCCCACUUUGCGGACGAGAUGGAGCGGGCGCUUUUGAGCGAGGGGAGGGACUUGCGCAUUCGCAUGAUUGGCGAGAAGCUUGAGGCUGCGGAGUGGGAUCCUCUUCACGACCCGACCCUCGUCGCUCCCGCUCGUCGCCUAUCCUAA